AUGAGCUACCGCAAUGAUUAGUAAAGACUGACUUGAAGACUGCGACGAUAGUUUAUCUCUUACUUGUUUCCGGAAAAGUGUGCAAUUUUUUUUCGUUCUUUAAAAAUUACUAAGUUUAAAUAUGUGCAGUUUUUUGAUAAGUGCCUAUGCUCAGAUCUGUAGCAAUUAGAUAAAUAUGUAGAAUACAUCACGAAUUCUUCUAAAAUGGCGAUCGUGAAAUUAGGUUGCAUAAUUUUAUUUUCCUUACUGACGAGGGUGUACGGCGCAAAUUUAGAGUACAGAACCUUUCGUUGUCGUAAUGGAACUUACAUCAGUGACAGAUUGGUUGGAGAUGGUAAAGUAGAUUGUGUUGCCGAUGGUACUGAUGAACGUUUUGUGUAUUGUGAUCGAUUCAGCGAUAGAGUAAAGGAAUGUCGUCGUGAAGAAGGGGAAUACAGUGAAUUCAAGUACAUUAAACAUUUUUGUAAAAGCUCGACCGGCCGAUGCAACACUAUUAAAGAGUGUACAGAUGGUACCGAUGAAAGCGAUUGUGGCGAUGAAAUUAAUACAGAAGAUUGCUCGUCGAAAAACGGAAAAUACUUAUGUGCUGAUGGAUUGAGAUGUUUGGAUCUGAAUUAUACCUGCGACGGUUUCUGUAAUUGUUUCGAUUGUUCUGAUGAAAAGUACGAGUGUAAACUAGAUGAACAUUUAAUUAAUAUCACCCAAGAAUCGUCUCACAAGGUUUGUUUCCAGACUUCAAAUGAAUCUGUCUGUUGUUCAGAGUAUAAUUCUACGUGUAAAGAAUGCGAUUUUAACAACAAAUGUGAUCAUAAAUGCGUCCAAUUCGCAAAUCAAACAGGAUGUUUCUGCGAUGAACAUUAUAUCGGAGUUCCUGGUACUCAGAAUUCUAAAUGUCAGCCGAGCAAUGUCGCGCUAAAAGAGAAACUGCUGUUAUUUUCAACAUCUCAUGAAAUCAAGGCAAUCAAACUUAGCACCAACGAUAAUUCUACUGUGAAAAUGAUAGAAAACCGAGACAAUUAUUACUUCACAGCUCUAACUGCAUUUCAAGAUUACGUGUAUUAUGCAACUCGGGAAGCCCAGCCAGCUCUUCGUGAAGUCGCAUACCCAUUUAAUGUUUCAGAUCAUGAAAACAAAACCGCUACACUUAUUGGUUACACAAAUCAUCCCGCAAAUACUACAACGAUUUUCAAAACUUCGAUAAAUUCCGAAGAAACACACGAACUCAUCAAAUUUCAUUUUGAUGAUGUUGAAGUCACAUCUCUUGCGGUUGAUUGGGUCACUAAUAACAUAUAUUUGACAACGGAACUAUUUUUAUCAGUUUACUCGCAAGAUGGUUCUAUUUACAAAGAUCUGAAGCAUGGCAAUACAACGUGUAUCAAUUUAGCUCCAGCAUUUGGGUUAAUGUUUUGGGCUCAGAUAGAACGUAUUGAACGUAUUGAACGGAAUCUUACAUCAGAGUACAUGAAUCACUCUUUAGUAAAAUCUUCAAUGGAUGGAUCUGAUGAGACAAUUUUGAUUACUUCCGAUUCAUCAGUUGAGGUGGUGACCGUUGAUGAAUCAUCUGGCAGAGUGUAUUGGUAUUGUUCGUCUAGCAGAAAAGUACAGUCUGUGAAUUUUGAUGGCGGAGACAGACGGUCGAGAUCGUUGGAUUCACCUAUUUAUGGUCCCAGCGUUUAUUUUGAAAGAGAAAUAUUCUUCAUUCAGCUUGGCAAUAAAAUUGUGAGCGUGCACAAAGAUACUAAAGCAGUAACACUACGUUUUCCAGUCCUUAAAGAAGUCUUAUACAAUAACCGAUUCGAUAAUACAUCAGAUAAUUUACGUCUCUUAUACAUGUACAAUCCAAAACUACAACGUGUAAACAUUCAAAAUCCAUGCCCAGAAUCGUGUACUGGAUUGUGCUUGACGCGUCCAUCUUUAUCCGAAAAUGUCUUGAAUUAUACCUGUUGGUACGAUGAAUCGAAAGAAGUCUUGUCAUUACUUGCUAAUUCCGAUGAUGGAUGGUUUUCUACUUCCUGGAUAUUAAUUAUUUCAGCUAUUGUAUUCAUUAUUGCCCUUAUAGUUGGUAUCUUAGUUUACUUUAGAAUUCGUAAACGAAAUUCUUCUCAAAGCGAUCGACUGACAGACGACACUGGCUAAAUGAAUUUCAUAUGGCAGAAAACUAACGAAUUCAGUCAUCGAUUUUUACUCAUGUGCUAAUUAAACUUCGAUAAUAAUAUAGGCUAAAUGAUCGAGGGUUAACUGCUUACCGUACUUUGUACCUAUCAGAAUAUUUACCUACUUCGUUUCCAAAAACAUUGUUUGUUAAGUACCUAAUACAUAUAAAUAGGUAUUGUUGAAUUAUAAUAAUUGCACAUUUUUUUUUUGUUUACUAUUCAGAAUCAUACAAAUAAGGUUCAAAAGUUUGAAAAAAGACAUUAAAUUUAUCAUCCUGGUACCGCUACCAAGUUAUAUUAUUUGUAAGGAAUAAUAUCGUUAGAAAAUAUAUAGGUAGUCAGCAAC